UUCCGCCCCUCAGGUUAGUUUGGUGACAGUCCUGCUGACCGCAGCGAUGGCGGUUUCUCGCGCAGUCCGCGACCUGUGGCUGAGGCGACUGGCAGCGCCCACGCAGCGGGGCUUCCACCUCAGCCCUCGCCCCCUGAGCUCCUCCGCACACCAGGCCUCCAAGGCAGCCCCCUCGGAAGCCUCGGACCACAGCUAUGAGUCCCUGCAGGUGACCUCGGCUGGGACACACGUCCUCCACGUGCAGCUGAACAGGCCUGACAAGAGGAAUGCCAUGAACAAGGCCUUCUGGAGGGAGAUGGUGGAAUGCUUCAACAAGAUAGCCAGGGACUCCAACUGCAGGGCUGUGGUGGUCUCGGGUGCAGGAAAAAUGUUCACUUCAGGAAUUGACCUCAUGGACAUGGCUUCAGAACUGCUGCAGCCUGAGGGAGACGACGUGGCCCGCAUCAGCUGGUACCUCCGUGACCUCAUCACCCAGUACCAGAAGACCUUCACCGUCAUUGAGAAGUGCCCCAAACCUGUGAUCGCUGCCAUCCACGGGGGGUGCAUUGGUGGAGGUGUGGACCUCAUCACUGCCUGUGACAUCCGCUACUGUGCCCAGGAUGCUUUCUUCCAGGUCAAGGAGGUGGACAUAGGCCUGACCCCUGACUUGGGGACGCUGCAGCGGCUGCCCAAAGUCAUUGAGAAUCAGAGCCUGGUCAACGAGCUGGCCUUCACUGCCCGAAAGAUGAUGGCGGGCGAGGCGCUGAGCAGUGGACUGGUCAGCCGUGUGUUCGUGGACAAGGAGGCCAUGCUGGACGCAGCCUUCACGCUGGCGGCUGAGGUGUCGAGCAAGAGCCCAGUGGCCGUUCAGAGCACCAAGGCCUCUGGAAAAUGAGCAUGCUGCAGACCCAGGACAUGGUGAAGUCAGUGCAGGCGGCCAUGGAAAAGAAGGCCCUGAAGAGCG